GUCAAAAUAAUAUUGAAGUUUUAUUCAGCAAAAAAGAUCGAAAGAUGAAGCUAGCCUUGUUCCUAGUUCUACUAACUCUCUCAAUGUCUACACGAGCUGUUCUCGAUGACUGUACAUGUUUAGUAGACUGUAAGUGUAAAAAGUCCCUACGGCCUGGACAAUACUACUGUGCCUCUCCCGACGUCGACACUGAUUCCCAAGCCAUACGGAACUGUAACAGAGACACCGGCACUGUAGAAGUGCCAUGCUACGCUGCUCCCAACGUCAGCUGUGGAGGCUUGCCCUAUAAUGCCACCCAGUGCAUCUUCACCGAGUCAAGGCCGUGUACAUUCGUCAAUGGCAAGCGGUACAACUACUACCUGGCCGUGGGACUGUCCCUAUUCCUAGGGAUGCUCGGAGUGGACCGGUUCUAUCUCGGCUACCCUGCUAUAGGGUUGAUGAAGCUCUGUACUAUGGGGUUCUUCCUGAUCGGCCACCUGCUGGAUUUCCUCCUCAUUCUCCUGCAAGUGGUGGGACCUGCUGACCAAACUGGUUAUUAUGCCCCGUUUUAUGGCCCCCUAGUAUCUAGAGUGCUAGUGAACGGUACUGACCCUUUUAUUGAGUCUAGCAGUAGUUGUACGUUGUGAGUGACUGUUUUAUUGUUUUGUGUGAUCAUCUUUUUUUACUGCUAUAUAUAAUUAUAAAAAGCACCGCGGGUGCUGAUGUAUCAAA